UGUUCCGCAAGGCUCGAGUCUGAGAGGCUGCGGCGUCGGCGUAGCGACCGGAGAGAGUCUGAGGGGAGGCCUCCGCUGGGCGACGUUCAAGACGCUCUCUCCGCGGAGAGGAAGCAAGCUGGGGGCGGUGCUCCAGUGACCAAGACUCGCCGUGGAGCUCUGCCCGUCGCUGUUUUCUGGGUCUGAAGAGGCUUACAGUGAUAUCCUGAGAGAAGAUGGGAAAAGGCUGCAAAGUUGUGGUUUGUGGAUUGUUAUCUGUAGGGAAAACAGCAAUUUUGGAGCAGCUCCUUUAUGGGAAUCAUACUGUUGGAAUGGAAGAUUGUGAAACAAUGGAAGAUGUAUAUAUGGCUUCAGUGGAAACAGAUCGGGGAGUAAAAGAACAGUUACAUCUUUAUGACACCAGAGGCCUGAAAGAAGGCGUGGAGCUGCCAAAGCAUUAUUUUUCAUUUGCUGAUGGCUUUGUUCUUGUGUACAGUGUGAAUAACCUUGAAUCCUUUCAAAGAGUGGAGCUUCUGAAGAAAGAAAUCGAUAAGUUUAAAGACAAAAAAGAGGUAGCAAUUGUUGUAUUAGGAAACAAAAUUGACCUUUCUGAGCAAAGACAAGUGGACACUGAAGUGGCACAGCAGUGGGCGAAAAACGAAAAAGUGCGACUAUGGGAGGUAACAGUUACAGAUCGGAAAACUCUGAUUGAACCAUUCACUUUAUUAGCCAGCAAACUUUCCCAGCCUCAGAGCAAAUCGAGCUUUCCUUUACCUGGGAGGAAAAACAAAGGAAACUCUAGCUCUGAGAACUAAAAAUGACUGAUGCCACAAUUGUUUGCCAAAUAGUGAUUGCCUUUAAAAUGUCUAAAAUAGGUGCACUUUAAGUUAUAUCAAGAAGUUGGCCUGAAAUUAUUUUUGUUAUUUAUGUUGCUCUUGAAACAGUGAAAUAAAUUUUGGGCAGUAUGCAAAUACAGCUACUGAGUAGUUUCCCCUCUCUCACCUGUUCCAGAAGCUAUGCAGAUGUCUUAGCUCAAAUGUGGACUUUUUUAAAAAAUGCAGCUUUUUCUGGAUAUGAACAGCAAUUUGGGUACUAGUACAUAACUAACUUGUGAAGAUUUUGCUAAAUAGAACAAAAGCUGUGAUUCAGCUUUACUCAAAUUGUUUGUUUUUUAGUGAACUACUAAGCACCUAGGGAAAGUAAAGCUUCCAUACUAUAUACUCUAAACAUAAUGCAUUAUAGGUAGUCUUCAAUUUAAACACCUGUGUCUGUGCUACAGGAGUCUCUGAAGAUUUUUGGCCAAGUGUGAGUAAUGGGGUUGUUUUUAGCAAGUUGACAGUACUAUAUACAGUAAGUAAAAAGUAGAAAAACUUUAGUGAUAUAGUACAGAAUAAGCAUCUAGUGAACCGUAGCAUCUUAAAUGGAGUCCUUUUUAGGUUGGCGAAUUGAAGCUACAAAGUGCUGCUGCAUAUAAAAGAAACAUAAACCUCGUAAUUGUUACUCAGAAAUAGUUGUCAUUGCCUGCUUUCUCUUCCAGAUAGUGUUGAUUUUCUAAAUGGCCUUGCAGUGGGUUCUUUUCUAACUAAAGUCUGUGUUAAUAUCCAUAUUUGCCAUAAAACAUUUAGUGAUUAUGUAUGUGCUUUUCUCUGGUGUAGUACAUUUGGGUAUUGCUAAAUUGCUGUCCAAUGUGGCUAGACUAAUUUUAUUUUGCCCAUGAGAGAAUCCAUGUACUUGCUACCAUAGCGUUAACAAAAUCUGAAAACUACAAAUGUUUAAA